AUGGUGGAUCGACCGGCAUUAUGCUUGGAUAUGGAUCAGAGGGCAGUGUGUGCCGGAUGCCACCGGCCGAUCACGGACAGAUUCCUGCUCAGAGUCACUGACGGCCUCUGGCAUGAGGAGUGCGUGCGGUGCGCGGCGUGCGGGGACGCGCUGCACAACUCCUGCUUUCUGCGGGACCGCAAACUUUACUGCAAGCGGGACUAUGCUGAUCUGUUUGCAGUGCGUUGUGGGGGCUGUGCGGAGGCCAUCUCUCCCACAGAGCUGGUGAUGCGUGCAGGGGCCGCUGUGUUCCACCUGCGCUGCUUCACCUGCAGCGUUUGUUCCUGUCGCCUGCAGACUGGAGACCGCUGCGUCCUCAGGGAGGGACAGCUACUGUGUGCCAGAGAGGACUACCACCAGUGUCUGGCCAGCCCGACCUCCUCUGACACAGGUAAAAGUGACGAUGAAGAAGAGGAAGAGGAUGAGGAAUCCGGGAGGGUUACAAGCAGACGAGUUCGAUCAGAAGACCCGGAGAGCAAACGUCCCAAAAGGCCGCGCACUAUUCUGACCACUCAGCAAAGACGGACCUUUAAAGCAUCCUUUGAGGUGUCGUCCAAGCCUUGCCGGAAGGUAAGGGAGACCUUGGCAGCAGAGACUGGUCUGAGCGUCCGGGUUGUGCAGGUCUGGUUCCAGAACCAAAGAGCCAAAAUGAAGAAACUGGCCCGGAGACAGCAGCAGCAGCAGCAGCAGGAGCAGCAGCAGCAGACUCAGGAGCAGCGGGAGCACACAUCGCAUCACACAGCGCCCUCCUGUGGCGGUAUGACCUCUGAGAUGCAGCGCCUGGGGUCCUCCUACGUCCACAUUCAGCAGCAGCAGCAGCAGCAGCAGAUGGGACUCACCACACUGGAGCAGCAGGACUUUGACAUGGACCCGUUCAGACAGGGCCUGACCCCACCUCAGAUGCCAGGGGAUCACAUGCACCCCUACGGUUUCAAAGGUCUGUACGGUGACAUGGACAGAGACCCUCUGUGUCAUGUGGCUGACAGCGACUGCCUGCACCUGGGUGACUCCUCUCUGCUCACCCCCAUCGACCGCCUCUACUCCAUGCAGGACUCUUACUUCACCUCCUGA